CGACAAUACCGAGUAAUGCAGGAAUUUUCAGGCUUCAUUUGCACUGGAAUGUGCGUUGCUCUGAGUGCGGUUGGAUUCCGAAAGCUCCGUUCCAGCGCUUACGUGAUUCCUCUAUCACCCGCUCUCUAUCUAAUAGAACUCAUCGAGAUGCUCUGGUGGGACCGCAGGAAACAAGCGGGGUUGAUCUGUGGCGCGCACAUCCAGGGUUCUGUGGCUGGUGCCGGUCCAGCUUAAAGAUGGUCUGAUGCUCUAAAUUGGGUGGAAUGACCGAACGGUGGUUUCAACCCGAUAUGUUGCGCAAGGCUACCAACUAUUCAAAUAAGGUCCAGGUCCCUCUUGAUCAACUGGUUCGGAGAAACCAUCAUCAACCCGCUUGCCGUGAAUGGUGACUUAUCAACUCGGUAAAAUAACUGCACCAAAGAAGAGUCGGCAAGAUGUCGAACCUCAU